UGUAAACACUGUUUGAAUACUAAAAACACGAUUUUGUGUUCAUUGUUUUUGUCUGCCGUUUUCGUAUAUUAUAAAGUCUUGAAGAAAGAAAAACAAGCGCUUAUGAAUGUUAAACUAGGAGUAACAUAUAAUAUGGAAAUAUGCCAAGCCUGUCUAAGAACUGGCGAUUGUAUUCAUCCCAUGUCUGUCGAAGAUUUAAAACGUUACCGCUUAUUUAUAACGAAGGUAGAAGAUCCAUUGGUUAUUAUGUAUAUCUGUAUAUACUGUAAAAGCAUCCUGAGAAGAAUUGUGAAAUUUAUUGAGCAAUGUCACCUCUCAGAUAUAUUUAUAAAGGAAGCGCUCAGUAAAGAACCAGAAGUACUAUCUAAAGUCAGAGUUGACCAUUUGGGUAUAUCGAAAACAACAUACAAUUACGUGGGGCCAAAUAGUGAUAUGGAUUUGAAAGUCGAAAGUAAUCUUAAAAACGAGGCAGCUGGUGAUGAGGGUGUGAUACCCUUAGUGUUAUUAAGUCACAGCAAUGGUGAAGAAGAUUGCAAUGAAUAUGAUGAAGAAUCGAGCCCAGGAGUACUACGUAAAGCUAAAAGUGAUCAUUGUGUUAAAUCGAAAAGAUCGAACAAUUAUGUUAAACAUAAUGAUUUAAAUUUGAAAUUAGAAGGUAAUCUUAAGAACGAGGCAUCAGAUGACGAAGACGAGAUACCGUUAGUGUUACUAAAUCACAGCAACGGUGAUGGAGACUGCGAUUAUUAUGAUGAGAGUCCAGACGUGUUUCCUAAAGUGAGAAUGGAGCAUUUAAGUACAUCGAAAACAACCUGCUUUUACAUAGGACCGAAUAACGAUAUAGAUUUGAACACAGAAGAUACUCUCAAAGACGAGGAAUCAGAUGCUGAAGACGAUAUACCAUUAGUGUUACUGAAUCACAGCAACGAUGAAGAUUGUAAUGAUUACGAAGAGCCACUGGAUGAAUCUAAUAAAAAAAUGGAAGUCAAAAAGGAAGGGUUCGAAGAUUUAGAGGAUAUCAUUCCGAACGGUGGAACAAAGAAGACUAAGAAGAAACAAGUAAAAGAAGGAUUUACAUCAAGAAUGGUUACUGAGACGAAUGAGUAUGUUGUCAUCAAACUGACUAAGGAACAGAUAUUGGAAGAAAUGAAGGAGCAUUCGAACAGCGAGAAGUAUAAAAUAUUACCAUAUAAAUGUGAGAAGUGCGUCAGAGGAUUCAAUUUUGAGGACGUUCUGCAAUCACAUAUGGACAAACACUCCCCUAGCAAUGGGCCGUUUCGGUGCGAACUAUGCGAGCAAUAUUGUCCAAGUAAAGUGUCAUUACGGGGUCAUAUGAAGUCGCAUUCAACGAGAUAUAAAUGUAAAUUGUGCGAUUUAAUAAGAUUAUCGCGACAGCACAUACUGGAACACUACUCGCUAGAGCACACGGAUUCAGCUGCGUUGUACAGAUGUCCCAAGUGCCCCCACACCACUAAUAAACGUACAGUGAUGCAACGUCACGUGAGGCUGCAUUCGACGAGCGAACCCUUGAAAUGUAAAUUGUGCGGAAAAUUCUAUAAAAGCAAGGAGUCACUGCGAGUGCAUAUUAUGCGUCACGAUGGUAAAAAGUUGCAUCAGUGCGACUUGUGUACCAGCUCGUUCGUCUACGCCACCCAGCUGACGAAACAUAUGCAGUCGGUGCAUGAGCGUAAGGACUAUUAUUGCGUGGAAUGUGAUAUAAUGUUCAAAUCGAUGGAUAAUUUGAAACAGCAUUUAAAACGAGCUAAGAGACACCGCGACUCGUCGUCGUACAAGCACCAGUGCCCGCACUGCGAGCAGCGCUUCAUCUCGGCGUCGACGCUGGCGACGCACCGCAGCGCGGCGCACGGCGCCGACAAGCCGGCGCGCUGCGCGCAGUGCGCGCGCCGCUACAGCAGCGCCGACGCGCUGCGCGGCCACCGCCGCCGCGCGCACGCGCCGCCGCACGACGCGCUGCCCUGCCCGCUCUGCGACCGCGUCUUCUCCCGUAAAUAUGUCCUGCGUGUACAUAUGCGUACGCAUACAGGGGAGCGACCGCACACAUGCCCCUGUGGGGCCGCUUUCGCGCAGGCCUCCGCCCUCCGAGCGCACUGCGCCGCUAAGCACAAGAAGUGAAAUUGAAGAACGAUAACAAGAAACGAACUGAAAUGCUCAAGGAAUCUCAAUAAUUGUGAUAAUAUUUAUAAUUAUGAAUAAAUAAUCUCGCCU